GGUACCCCAAGAGCGUUCGGAGUCAAGGGAAAGGAAGCUGCCUAUCAAAAAGGAUUUGUCCUAGAUGCAGAAGAGAAUAGAGAGGUGGAAUUCAAAUCUUUUACAAGUGCACCCUAUUCAACGCUACCUUGGAAAAUCAUGGAGAAGGCAAAAAAGUUCAUUUGCGCCUGCUUGAAUGCUGACAGUAAGGGGAUCAUCUAUUUUGGCGUUGGAGAUUCACAAGAACAAUGUUCAAAGUUUAAACGAGGAGAAAUUCUUGGACUCGAUGUUGAAGGUGAUGCAACUGAUGAUAUCAUGAAAGCUUUUCAAUUUGUUCUUGACGAUCACAUAAAGAGCGAUGAUGGCCCACUUCAGAAGGGAGGCGAGCAAAAUUGUGUCAAUAUAGAGUUUGUCCCAGUAGUAAUCCAAGAUAGUCGGACAGGCCUUUAUGUCAUCGAAAUUGAGGUGAGUCGAGACUGGAAGUUCUGCAAGAACAACGUUUAUUUUUGCAAAUCCUGGGUUGAGAAACGAGGAGUUGACAAAGAUGGAAAUGUAUCCGUGAAGAAGACCCUCAGUGAAAUCUACAAAGUAAAAGAUCAAUACGACGACGUUGUCAUUAGGACGAAUGGCGCUUCAACUAACGUGAAGCAACACGAAGUUAAUCGGCAAGUGAGGGAACCUCUUGCAGCAAAAUACAAGGAAUGGAAGAGGGUGACAAAACUGGGUGAGUGUCACAUCUUUAUAUUUUUGCUUCCGCAAAAUGAGACUAGCUUUGCUAUAAGAACCCUAAUUUGCACUGUCUUGUUAGUUCCGUUACUCACACAAUGGACUUUUCACUGCCAUAUGCCUCUUAUGUAUCUGUGCUUACGAACGUAAAUAGGGUAACGGAGCAAUACGAGAUAGAGGCAACCCUGCAGUCAUUAAUCGUCUUUUCGAAGAAGGAAGGAGUAGUAAUGCCCUAUGUCGUUGUAAACGAUGAUUUGAGCUUUGGUUGAGUAGUUGGAACACUUUGGACCAGAGUCGAUCCUUGAAAUCCGGCUUGUAAACAAUAUUGAGUGAGGGAGUUUGUUUUUACAUUUUAAAAUCAAUUUUAACAAUUUUUUCUUCUUUAGUUUGUACAGGAACAGAGGCGUCACUUGAAGGUAAGCAUACCUAGUGUUAUUAUUUACGAGAAGUUCUAUGACCUUUUUAUUUCCGCUUUGAUGCACAUAUUUUAUGUGGCGGCUUGACGUGUUCUGGCGAGCUGCGUGGAGAGAUCAUGGCUCAUCAGAACCACCGCGGGUGAAAGAGGGAGGAAAAGCAGGAAGACAGAAGCCCUUCCCAAUAUCGAAAGCGAAAUAAGACUGAAAUCAUCUUAAGACAAAAGUACAGCAGCAGUGUGAGAGCUGAUUACAUCAAACACACAAGUAAUUUUGCCAUUGCCGGAAUUCUGGACUCAGCUAUUUCCAGUUAAGAUCAGUUAAAAACCAAUACAAACGAUUCCGUUAAACUCUUAAAAAGAAUACUGUAAUGUAUAUCUAGCCGAAUUUUUCAAAACGAACCUUGCGCAAUUUGGGUUUUGCUAACAGCAAGCCUGUGGCCUAUGACCCGCAGCGGGGCCUUUCCUUAAAUUGCUUAUAAUUACCGUAAGUUCAUUUGAUUAGAAAGCGAAAAAGUGAUAGCCUGAUAAGCUGACAACCGAUGAAUCCCGCAGUUGACAUAUUUCUUUAUAUCGCUUUAUCUCAGAUCCCAUCCCAAAUGACUCGGACGUUAAAAAAUUCAGUGCUUUGGUAAAGAAGAGGCUUCGUGAUUUGAACUUUAAAGACUUUGGCUACGUUUUGAUUGCAAACAAGUUGCCUCCGCGGUACAGAGGGACGCCGAAGUUAGCUUUCCUUCAGAAUAUUCCUUGGCUUGCAGUAUUUGAUUUGUUUGACGCUACUUCUAAAAAGGAUGGUUUGUACUAUGCCUGCAACGAAACAACUGAUGCACCAAGAGCAAAACUCAGAAGCCUAGAUGAUUUUAAAGAAGCUCCAUCUGACUGGAUUUCGGGAAAACCGGACAAAGGUUUCGAUCUGUCGACAAGAGGAACGACCUGGAUCUUGGGAAAUGAGGAAAUGCAGAAAGGAGACUGGAUAAAAUGUUCCAGGGACUGCUUCUAUCGAGCUCUUUCCACCUACAAAUUCUGUUGUCCACUUGGGCGGCUCAUGUGCUUGUUCCUAGGUCUUGAUGAAAGUAACAUUCAAGAGAUGGUUGACAUGAUGGAAUGUUGUUUCAGCAUUCUUGGAGAUUCGGCCAGCAAUUGCGUUACUGUUAUCAGCGAAAGCAAACACGUGACAGAUGCCUUCAUCAAAGCUUCCAGGCUUCAAAGAGAACUCAGAGAUUGCUCCAUUACAGAUAUACCUUGGUCACUCUUGAGAGAAAUUGUCCGCGAUAUGGUCGGACCAACUAAAUUUGAGGAAAGAGGGGCUAAAACGGAGCUUCCUUUUUUUACUGGGUUGUUGAAAGAGGUGUUCAACAAGAUGAUUCAUUCGUGGGAUGAUCUUGAAGUCUAUGUUCCAAAUCCGCGGUUGCCGAGAUUGGUAGAGGACAUAGAGAAAGCCAGAAAUGCCUUUUACAAGGGUGCGCAAGCCAGUCAAACAAAUCUAUUUCACAACCAUUGCAUUGAAAGAACACUGGAAGAAGAAACGAUGCAGAAGAUUGAACAAGCUUUAAAGACAUUGUCAAAGCCCAGCAAAGACAUCAGCUCUCACGUCAUCACCGUUACCGUUACUUACGAGCCUGGAUCUGGAGCAACUACUCUUUGUCGCAGAAUCCUUUGGAAAAAACGUACGGAAUACCGUUGCGCUGUUGUUAAGGCAAUCACAACCAAUACAGAUUAUCAAAUCGAGCAACUCCAAGGAAUCACGUAUGACGAGAAAAACUUUAAAUUUGCCCCUCCAUGUCUGGUUCUUGUUGAUAACUUUCCUGAGAAUGAAACAAGACGACUAACUGAGAAAAUCACAAGAAGGCAGACUAAGUGUGUGAUUCUAUCCACAUUUCCAAUUGGAAAGUUGAGUGCAAACUCGCAUUUUGAUUUGACGUUGCGACAACUGGACAUUAAGGAGAUGAGUCUGGUUAAAGAUAUUUUGAUUAAUAUCACAAAAGAUAGCAAGCGAAGAAGGGGAGCAGAGGAGGUUCUUGAGAGGGAGAAACGAUUCAUUUGGUUCGGAUUGGAGCUGUUUGGACGCGAGUAUGACAAGAUUGAGGAAAGACUUCAGAACCACAUCAAGAGUACCCUUGACUUUUUGGAUGAUUCUCAAGAAAUUCAUGAGACGGUUCUUAAUUUCUGUUGCUUUCUUCAUUAUUACAGUGACGGCCGAGCCAUUCUCCCGCACCCUGUUGUCACCGACUUGCUCUAUGAAGCCAGUGACGAGAGUGAGGAAAAAUGCGCAUUAAUGCAGCACAUCCACAAAAUCUUUGGUGGACUUCUUCUCGAAGGGUUCGAUGAAACAAAUGGUUACUACGGAUGGAGACCAGCACAUUCUCUGGUCAGUGAAGCUGUCACAUCAAGAAUCAAUGUUGAAGAAACGGCAAUAGCUUUGAUGGAACAGAUUCAGAAAGGAAGAGCCUACGUCAACAAGUUUUUAAAGGAGCAAGUUUUUAAGGUGUUUUUAGAUCGAAAGCGAAUUUCAGAUCCAGUGUAUCUGGAGUACAGUGAAACGCAUGAUGAAAGCAUCGAUUCAGAUUUCGAAGACGACGUACUUGGCUUUUAUGAAGUGAAAACGCGCUAUUCUCCGCUGAUAUUAGAUAUACUGGAGGGAAACGAUGGCAUUCAAAGAGCCCUUCGGUUACUCAUUAAGAUCUGUCUAAUGGCUUCUGAAGUGGAGGAGAAGGCAUACGCUUGGCAGCAGCUGGCGCGAUUCAUGGGCUAUGAGAUGCGUGCGAAUGAGAUGGAAGCAAAAAAUGAGGAACAUUGCCGUCUUCAUACAACUAUGAUUGAAGAACGAGGAAUUAAGCUGCCUAUGCCUAAAAUAGGUAUCGAAGCAGCACACAUUGCCGUUGAUAUUGCCAUUAACCAACAGCCUAAGUACAGUCAUCACUAUGUGACCAAAGGAACUCUGUACCUUCUGCAGCUAAGGGAUUUCAAAUCAGAGGACGGGCCUACCCUUCCCGCCUCCAUGACUGAAGUGAUUGAUGUAUGUCGCAAAGCACUAGAAGUCUACGACAAGGCACUUAGUACUACUCAUGAGCUCAACUAUUAUUCAAUGAUAGGGAAAGUUCAAGCCAUUGUCUCGCUUCUUCAAAUAGUCAAAGGUUUGCCUUUCUUUCGCUUAGAUGGUGAAAGCAUUACAAAGUAUCUGAAGACAGCUGAUAUUCCAAGUGAACUGGAAGAGGUACUCACCCAGGAAGAACACAACUACAUAAAAGAUCUAAGUUCUACAACACUUGGUCUUCUUAAUGAAAUUUUCGGGGAUGUUAAGUUCCGACAUAUGACUACUUAUGGUGACAAUGCAAUCAGAGGUUUAAUUAAUGCCAAAUUGAGGGCCUUGAAAUUGCGAAGAACCUUUUAUGAAGUGACGGGUUUCGAUAGAAGCCAGUUGCGUGAUAUGGUAGUUACGACGUCUUCCCAACCGUUUACGAGGGAUGCCCAGGCUCUUUGCCAACAGUUUGUACAAGAUGUUCUUUUCAUAAACAAUGAGACCACGUACAGCACAUGGCUUAAUUUAAGCGAUGGAGAAGUUUCCCGUAUUUAUAACUCGCUUAAAGUGCUUUGCUCUCGUGGCUAUGGAAGUCAUGAUGACAUGCUUAUUUGUUGUAAGGCUUGUCUUCGUUUACAAGAGAAACCAUCCGUCGAAGAGCUGGACGAAAUUGUGACCAUGUGGGUGUCGAAAUUUCCGGAUUCAGAAUGGGCCCAUCUAUUUAACUACAUGAUUCAUUUCCCAAUUCCAGAUAAACGGCUCGCGUUCUUCAAUUAUUCUGCCAAAGAAUCAAUCAAGAAAUGCGACAAAAUCGUCCUGAAGAAGACAGGAAAAGGAUUCCGGAAAUCUGGUGCAGAAUACUUUCUUGGAAAGGGAACUGGAUUGUACGCCAUUGCAAACAGUCAACAGUUUCGAUCGCUUGAAAAGGGGGAAUCUAAAACCAACCUCUGGAGAAGUAGAGAGAUCUCAGAGAAGCUAGAACGAGUGUGCGGUCAAAAGGAUGUCAACUUCAACGGUGUUAUAACGUACCAAGGAAUUCAGCUACGUUUUGACGACAAACGUUACCCAAAGCAAAGUAAAGACGACUUGUGGUUCUACGUUGGCUUUUCCCUUUCUGGACCUUAUGCUUAUGACCCUGUUGACAAUGAUACUUACGCAGCCAUCUUAAGUCGUAAGGACAUCGAAACUUUCGAUUGGGAAUUCCCUCUGAUCGAUUACGCAAAUGGAAGGGACAACCUUACCGCAGCUGUACCAAGAAGAGAAAAACAAUAUGAGCCGAGGAAUACGAAAAGAGGACAAAAGGCAGUAGCAGCAAAUGCUGGGAAUUUUUCCGAUAUUUCCAUCAGCCCACUAUCAAAGGAAAAACAAUAUAUGAGCUCAUCAGUGCCAAAUUUGCUCAACACGCCAAUCAGUGGCUCCCCCGACGUUCCCAGAAAACCAGAAAAGUCUGCUGUUUCGUCCAGUUGUUUUAAUACCCACGCUAGGAGUGCCAUGUCAUCCUGGGUCAGUAUUGAAAACGUCUACCAACCAGGCACAUCGUCUCACCCUGUCUCGUAUGCUUCCGCUGUGCAGCAAGGGCGUUCACGACAGGAGGAACAAGUACCAAAAUCCCCAAGCCGACCACAGAGUGGCCCCUGGAACGUCUUUUCUGCACAAGGACGCAAAUGGAAGUCCAUUGAGGUUGCUCGUGGCACAGAAAGGUACAAGUUUACACCCAAGUAUGUUGACGAGGCAGGCAAGCUUCAUCAUGGAGCUUGGGUACUUGGCGCUAAAAAAUCAAAAGAGUGCGAAACUCAUACAUGUGGGGUUGCCGAUAUCAACAUCACAAAUCGUUGUCCUUUUGCUCAUUCUUGGAGGGGAGAUACCCUUCAGCAUGUUUGUUUAAAGUGCACACGCGCGAAUAAACCAAAUUGUAAAGAAAGGCGCCCUCAUGAGCCAUUUAUUUAUAACUUGGGACCUUACUGUACUGAGGACGGAAAAGUCUGGAGAGAAACGCGGGCAGAACAGCCAAAAUGA